AUGGCCGCCGCCCCGACGGUUGCGGCGCAGAUGGUGCAGCUGGGCGAGCUCUUCAACCAGGCGGGCACCGGCGACGGCAUCAAGCAGUACCUCGCCGCCAAGAAGAUCUCCACCACCCCGACGCUGGCCCUCAUCGCCAGGAACGCCGAGGAAUUCACGACGAUGAUCAUUUCACCCUUCAUCGCCGGGGUACUGGCGCGGAUGUGGUUCGCACACACCGUGACCAAAAUGUACACGCCGGUCACCCUCGGCGAGAUUGUGUGCCGCCGUACGUGGACGCCCGGCCGGGUGCUUAACCCCUUGGCCGCCGACCGUGCGGCGGAAUCCGCCGGUUCCAAAGCACUGCGACUGGAGCACGGCGCCCUCGUGCCCGAGGAACCCUCCGAAUGGUCGCCGAAGGGACUUCUGUCGACGAUCGACGGGGCCAACGCCGCCAGGUGGGCAUGGAUCCUCUUGGGCAUCGGCGAGGAGGACGACGUGAUGAGGUAUGUCGACUGGUUCGUGGCCAAGGCGAGGGCGCACGCCGAGAUGGUGCCGGCGAUCCAGGCCUUUUGCCACAAGACGGCGUGGACCAUCGCCAUGGCGCUCCGGAACAGCACCUCCUUCGGCGAGGCGGCGGAGUAUGUCAUGAACGACGUCGCGACCUGGCAGGAGGUGAUCAUCACUCACGCCGCGCCACCGCGGCGACCGCCCGCCCUGCCGCCAGCCGAUCCCGGCAACGCCGCGGAGGACUAUGAUGACCCGGGGGCCAACACAUGGGGCGGCGGCAACCGCCGCAAGCGCCGUCGACCGGGGAAGCCCAAGGGCAAGGGCCGCGACGGCAAGGACCAGGACCCGCCGAAGAAGACGGACGCCGCACACCAGCAGGAUCAGACAUGGUGGUCGACGCGGGGCGGCGGCAAGCAGCAGCAGCACCAGCAGCAGCAGACUUGGUGGGGCCACGGCGGCGCCGACCAGCGACACCAACACACCGACGGGAACGACAGACCUUGGAAGCGACCGGGCGCCGGCAAGGGCGUCAUAGUGAUGUCGGCCUUCGACGGUGUAGGGGCGGUGGACCGAGCGGCGAUACAGGUCGCCGACCACCACAUACCGGGCAUUAGGCACCGCGGCGACAUCACCGAGGACACGCCCGAAGACAUCGCCGCAGAGGUCAGACACAUCGACGCCCAGGCCGAGUGCAUCAUCUUGUUCACCGCGGCGCCGCCGUGCCAGGACUUCUCCUGCGUAGGUGAUCGCGACGGUCACGCCGGGAACAGAGAGUACCUCUUUAACUUCACGGCGGAAUUCCUGGACGGGCUCCGCCGCCGAUUGGCACCACGACGCUUUGGCUUCCUGGUGGAGAACGUCGAAAUGACGCCGGCCGACGCAGCGGAGGCAUCCAAGCAGCUUGGCUGCCAGCCGAUUUUCGCCGAUGCGGCGGACUUCGGAUGGAUCGGACGGCCACGCCUGUGGUGGACGUCCAUCGACUGGGACGAGGUCACACACGACCCGUCCACGGCGGAACGGUGGACUUGGGUGUUGCACCGCCGCUGGGACCGCCUUCGCCUGGACUCGCCGCGGGCGGCGCCAGACAGCUUCGACCUCGACGGCCUCAAGUUCUCCGACGCGGUGGCAUCUGGUCGCAUUCGCCUUCCUUGCUCUACCACGCCGGCAGCCGACGAGAGGGGACGACCACCGCCGCGCUCCAUGCGGGGCAAGGUCACGACGGAUGUUCAACAGCGCUGGCUCCAGGACAGCCGCCAGUUUGCGCCGUGGCAUUACCAGCGAGAGGCAAUGCUCGCCGAUGACCAGGGGAAGCUGGUGGUACUGACGCCGGUCGCCAAAGAACAGCUUCACCACAUGCCGAAGAACUUCACGGCGAGAACGGCGCAAGGCGACCUCGAACCCCGCACCCGCCACCGCCUUCUGGGUAACGGGUGGCAUUGGGGGGUCGCCCGCCGGCUGCUCUUGGCACUUCUGGUCCACACCGCCGCGUCUUUGCCACAGGCCACGGCGAUACCGGUGCGGCCAGGCCCGGGGUGGCGGCGACGCGAGGACGGGAAAUAUCAGAACCCGGUGCCCAUCGCCGACCUGAUCGCCACCAACGCCGAUUACGUCCGCAAGAAGGUCAACACGGCGCGGGUCGACGAACACUCUGAGAAGCUCCUCCUCGAGCUCGUCGCCGAGAAGAGGCUGGGCCGGGUGAUAGGGCCCACACGCCCGCCGGAAUGGUUGCGAGGAGUCCAGGCCACGGCGGUCGCCGACCACCAGGACGUCGACACCAUCAACGAGCCGCCCCCAGGCGACACCUUCUUCGCCGCCUCCUUCCCC